AUGAGUGGUCUGUCUUUGGAAUAUUCAACUACCGGGAUCAAUAAUAGAUCCGUGUCGAUAGCAUUUCAAUCGAAUGAUACAAUCCAUCUUAAUUGUACCACAAUAGAAUGUUUUGAUCGUGCUCCUCGAGUUAUUGAAUCACCUUGGUUCAUUGGUAUUAUUAUUUCAGUAAUUGUACUUAUUAUAGUCUUUGCUAUUGUUUGUGGUAUUAUGAGACGUAAAGGUGGUAAAUACUCAGCUGGUGUAGAUGGCAAAUCGACCCUAUAUAAUUCUAUUCAAAGAAUUCAAGAUAAAGAAAUGUUACACGGACCCAGUGGAUAUGGAGAUAGUGAUGGAAAAUUUUCAGAAUAUUAUCGAGCCCCUAGUGAUGCAUCAAUGAAACAUAGUCGCACAUCAUUGCAGAACGGCGAUGAUCGUGAUUCGAUGGCAGAAUUUAAUGAUGAAAAAGAUCGUAGCCGUUUUACAGAGGAUGGAUCGUUUAUUGGACAAUAUGGACGUGAUGAUAAACGACAUACUUAUUUAGUUAAGUACGAUGAAAGUGAUGGUUUUCCUAAUUAA